GUCUCUGGCACGCAGACGAGCAAACGAAGCCCUGCAAAAUCGGGGAGGCUCAAUUUGACGGUUGGCUGGCAGCCAUUGUUACAGAAUUAAUUAAGCAAUCAAGCUUUCUCUCUUUCUCUCUCUGGUCUGUCUGUCUGUCUGUGGCUCUCGCUCCUCCUUCCUCUUCCAGUUCUAAUUCUUCUUCAAUUCUCCCCCAAUCACAAUACCUUCCUUCCUUCCUUCCAUUUCCGUUUCUAAAUAUUUCCCAAACAUUCACUGUAAUUCCACACCAAUUUCAUCACAUCCACUCAUUCAUACACCUAUACAUACAGAAUUCCUUAUAUAUAUACAUAUAUAUAUUAAUUGGUGGUUAAUUAGGUUAGCAGAUCUUCGAUAGGUAGUCCGCCGGAAUCAACAAUGCGGACGGGCGCGCAAGCAGCUGCUGCAGCCUAUCCUGUGCGCCCAUGGAUAUCCUCGAUUAAUUUCUUCUUCUUCUUCUUCUUCUUCGCCGUGAUUUUGAUUCUGUCUUCGUCGUCGUCAAUUUGUUGUUCCGCGGAGGAAUUGGGGGUGGAUCAGGUGGAGGUGCUGCGGCGGUUCAAGGCGGCGCUGAAUGGCGCAGGAGAGCCGGCGCUCGCCGACUGGAACGCCAAUCCGGCGCCGCCGUGCGAGGGGAACGUCGGCCGGUGGCGCGGCGUCCUCUGCUUCGGCGGUCACGUGUUCGGCCUGCAGCUCGAGAACAUGGCGUUGUCUGGGAGGAUCGACGUCGACGCGCUGGCGCCCCUCCGGUCGCUGCGGACGCUGAGCUUUAUGAGCAAUAAGUUUGAGGGAGCGAUGCCGGACUGGAAGAAGCUCGGAGCGUUGAAGUCGCUGUUCCUGUCGAAUAAUGGAUUUUCCGGCGAGAUCGCCGACGACGCGUUUAGAGGGAUGACGUCACUGAAGAAGGUUCAUUUGGCGAAUAAUAAAUUUUCCGGUCCGGUUCCGACGUCUCUGGAGUCGCCGAAGCUGAUUGAGCUCCGGCUUGAGAAUAACCAGUUCAUCGGAAAGAUACCGGAGAUUAGCUCCGACCAUCUGAAGGUGUUGAAUGUGUCUAAUAAUCAGCUCGAAGGCCCUAUUCCCCUUGAUUUACAGAAAUUGAAUCCCAAAUCCUUCGCAGGAAACAAGGCACUAUGUGGCCCGCCUUUGGACACCCAAUGCCCGGGUGGAAUGGAAGCUGCCUUCGCCGGAAAUAAGGGCUCUUCGGUAAAAAUUGCUCUAAUCGCCGCUGCCUGCCUGCUCGGUCUCAUUCUUCUCAUCAUCCUCCUCGUCCUCCUCCGCCGGUCGAAGAAACAAGAGCCUAACCUCGGCCAACCGGAAGCCACUCCUGUCGGCGGCGUCGACCGCAACGCCGCCGCCGCGAGAGCAGUAGUCGCCGAGGCGGCAGCAAUCACCGCCGCCAAAAAGUCCGAGCAAUCCGCCGCCGCAGCACACCAACAAACCGCCGGCGGCGGCGCCGGAAGACUUACCUUCGUUAACGAAGAGCGUCGCAAAUUCGAUCUCCAGGACCUGAUGCGCGCGUCGGCGGAAGUCCUCGGUAGCGGCAACUUUGGCGCCUCCUACAAGGCGGUGCUCGUCGACGGCGAAGCUCUGGUCGUCAAACGCUUCAAGCAAAUGAACAACAUCGCCAAAGAAGACUUCCACGAGCACAUGCGGCGGCUCGGCCGCCUCAAACACCAAAACCUCCUCCCCUUGGUAGCGUACCUCUACCGCAAGGAGGAGAAGCUUCUAGUCUUCGAUUACGUCAGCAACGCCAGCUUGGCAAAGCACCUUCACGGAAAACACUCUGAGGACCAUCCAGGUCUCCCAUGGCCGGCGCGGCUCAAAAUCAUAAAAGGCGUGGCGAAAGCCCUAAUCUACCUCCACAACGAGCUCCCAAGCCUAACGGUUCCCCACGCGCACCUCAAAUCCUCAAACGUCCUCCUCGACGAGGAAUUCAAUCCUCUGUUGAUGGACUACACUCUGGCGCCGGUGGUGAACCCUAGCCAGGUGCAGCAGGUGCUGGUGGCGUACAAGUCGCCGGAGUACACGACACAGUACCGUGUCUGCAAGAAAACAGACGUGUGGUGUUUGGGGAUACUGAUUUUGGAAGUGGUGACGGGGAAGUUCGUAAUCGCGCAGGGCUGCGGCCACCACUCGGCGGAUCUGGCCGGGUGGAUCCACGCGAUCGUGCAGGAGGUGAGCAAGGACGGACGGCAGGCGUUUGAUAAAGAAAUGGCGGUGGCGUCGGAGAAAGGUAGAGCCGCUGUGGAGGAGUUGCUGCAAAUCGGAAUAGCUUGCUGCGAGGAGGAUUUGGAGAAGAGGUUGGAAUUGGAGGAGGCGGUGAAGAAGAUCGAGAACCUUCGAGAAGAGGAAGAAUAACGGUAAGAAGGAGGAGACUGGAUUCAGAGGAGACACACUGACUGACUGACUGACGGACGAAUUAUAAUAUAUAAUGGUGGCAAGUGUUCAUUCAUUUGUUUUAAUCUUCAUAUUAUUGUUGUUGUUGCGUUUGGAUUUGUGUGAUUGAUUGUUAGUAUAUAAUUAUGUGUGUGUGUGUGGUGGAAAUAUAAUUAUGUUGAAGUUAAAGUACUAAUGGAUGUGAAUUAUGUGUUUAUUGUUUUAAUUAUGUGUAAUGACUUCAUGGUGCGGCAUAUUUUCACUAAAAUUUUAGUGAAUACAAGUGCAUGUAAAUAUUAGACCAACAAAUUCAA